AUGGAUCAAACCUUGAAUUCUGGCUCAGCUACAGAAGAAACAUCUUCAAUAAAAGAUGUUUCAACUCACGAGUUGAAGACAGCAAAUCAUGCAUAUGUGCUGGAUCCGAUUGAUUCUUGGAUACCAUGUCAAGUAGUUGAACGCAAAACAUCAACUGAAGUUGUUGUCAGCAUACCCCAAUAUAGGAAUCAGCAAGCAAUCAAAUGCGAUGGAGGACGGAGUGCUUUGCGAAAGAAGAACAAAAUAAUUGAUGUCAGCAAGUAUUCCAAUCAAGCAUUGCCACUUCAAAACGUGGACGAAGAUGGGAGAUUGAAGCAAGUAGAAGACAUGGUGGACUUACCUUAUCUGCACGAAGCGGCUAUCCUUUACAACUUGAAAGAACGUCAUAUUAAGUCUCUCCCAUAUACAAGAACUGGUGAUAUUGUACUUGCAUGCAAUCCUUAUCAAUGGUUUCAUGAUCUGUAUAGCUGGAAACAGCACCAACAGUACGCGCAUGUUUUGGUUUGGAAUGAUACCUCCUUGGGUAGUAGUGAUAUUGCAGUUGAUCCGCGAACCUUGCUCAGGCCUCAUGUCUAUGAGGCAUCUUGUUUGGCGUACAAGGGACUCCUGCGAAAUGGGGAGGACCAGUCAAUUCUUGUGUCUGGGGAAUCGGGAGCCGGGAAAACUGAGACUGUAAAAAUUUUGCUUGGCGACUUGGCGAGUGUUCAAAGAGGCCCAACUGCGAACUCGGAAGCCAACGAUAACGAAAUUGUGCAAAGAGUCCUAGAUUCCAACCCACUUUUGGAGGCUUUUGGAAAUGCACAAACUUUACGGAACGACAACUCUAGUCGAUUCGGAAAAUUUUUGCAGCUUCAAUUUGAUCGUCAGCCAGGACAAUGUGUCCUCGCCGGUAGCAAAUGCGAGGUUUACUUGCUAGAAAAGUCACGAGUCACAUUACAUCACCCUGAAGAACGAACAUAUCACGUCUUUUACCAACUACUUGCUGCACCAGAAGAUGUGAAGCGGGAGAUCUGGGAAGGCUUUCAAGACAGUGACGCUGAAUCAUUUGAUUAUAUCGGUUGGUCUGAAACUGAUAAAAUCGAAGGCAAAACGGAUGCGGAGCGCUUUCAGAUGACAGUCGAUGCAUUGAAGCUGGUUGGAAUCGAAGGUGACACAUUGCGAACCUUAUGGAGAACAAUAUGUACCGUUCUUCAGCUCGGUAAUCUAGAAUUCGAGCCGACAUCUGACGAUGAAUGCCGAGUUGCUUCUAUUGAGGAGUUGGACGAUCUAAGCAGUCUCAUGGGCGUCCCAACCAGCGACCUGUCAAGGGCAUUUACUAUUCGCAACAUCAAGGCCAAAUCAGAAAAUUUUCAAGUCUUUAUGACCGCUGAGAAGGCACAAGAGUCCGCUGAUGCCUUUGCCAAAGAAAUUUAUGCCAAGACGUUUCUCUGGCUUGUCCGAUCUAUCAACAACGCAACUUGCGCGGAGAAGAACUACAAGCACAGCGAAGGUAGAGACUUUGGGAUAGUUGGACUCUUGGAUAUCUUUGGGUUCGAAUCUUUCGAAGUCAAUCGGUUUGAGCAGUUGUGUAUUAACUAUGCUAACGAAAAGCUGCAACAGAAGUUCACUCAAGAUAUCUUUAGCAGUGUGCAGGAGGAAUAUGAAGCCGAAGGAAUCGAGUUGGAAGAAAUAACUUAUGAUGAUAACACAGAUGUAUUGGACCUUGUGGAGGGGAAAAUGGGGCUGCUUGCAUUCUUAAACGAGGAAUGCAUGCGUCCGAAAGGAUCUGACAAGACGUUUGUGUACAAAGCCCAGGCCUCAAACAUGUCAAACCCCUGUUUUUUUCGAGACAAACAUGCCCCAGACUGUGAAUUUGGAAUUCGUCAUUAUGCAGGAGAGGUGGUUUAUGAUGCAGCAAACUUUGUUGUAAAGAACAGUGACACACUACCCUCUGAUCUUUUACAAUGCGCCGCAUUGUCACCGAACUACAUCAUUGCCAAUGAGUUGAACAACGAUUCAAUGACAAGCAUGGGUAACCGCCCUGACUCCAAAAUGAAACGACGGAAGCAACGAACCAGCCUACUCUCAAGCAAGCAAAUGACGAGAAAGAAUUCCAAUAUUGCUGCCGAGACUGUUUGGACGAAGUUCAGAAGCCAGCUUGGACGCCUCAUGGACUCUUUGAGUAGCACUCAGACGCGCUAUAUUCGUUGCAUCAAGCCAAACGCAGAAAAGAGACCAUUCGUCAUGGAACAUGAAACGACUAUCAACCAGUUGAGAUACGCUGGUGUUGUCGCCGCUGUCACUAUUUCUCGGUCCGCUUUUCCCAAUAGAUUGGAGCAUUUGGUUGUGUUGGAAAAAUUCAAGAGUUUGUUUCCAAAGGGUAACCACAUUAAAGUUCUCAAUGACCAGCACCAGGAUCCCGAGGAGCGCAUCUUCUCGGCGGUUGAAAUUCUCCUCACAAUUGCUCUAGAAAAAAUGGAGAUAAAGCGCAAUGAUACAACAUUCCGCGCCUUCGUAAUGGGCAAAAGCAGGGCGUAUUUCCGUGCUGGAGCUCUGGAAUUCUUGGAGGGAGAACGACUGAGGUAUCUUGGUGAUUUCGCAAUUGUCUUACAGACGAAGGCGAGAAGUUUUGUCGCGCGGUCGAAAUAUCGGAAGUUCAAGCAAGCAACAGUCUCCCUCCAAUCUAAUCAUCGUCGUCGUAUGGAUCAGAGAGACUAUCACAUGGCCAGAAAGUGUUUGAUUAAAAUACAAUGUUGGUAUCGCAUCCUCUGUGCAGCUCGAACAAUUGUACAUCUUAGGAGAAAGAAGAGCGCCACCAUCAUUCAAUCGAACUGGCGCUGCUACAUAGAUAAUCGGCAGUUCAGCAUUAUGAAGAGAUGUUCUGUUGUCAUCCAAACAGUGCUGCGAGGAGCCAUUCAACGACCGAAGUACCGAGAAUCUUUGUUGAACAAACGAGAGGAAGCGAAGCUCGAGAACCGAUUGGUCGCGCUGCAGCGAAAGUUGGAAGAAGCCGAAGUGAAGCGUGUAGAGGCGGAGAAAAGGGCAGAGGGUAAAGCAGCUGCCGCAGUUGAACAGUACAAAGAAGAACAAGAAAGCAAGACCCCUCUUUCUAGUGCGGUGGUUGAAGAUGGCUCUAAUACAGAGAAAGUAACUGAGCAGCCACUUGCUCAUGGGGCCCCAGUGGCAAUGGCCAACAGCGGAAGUAUCGACGAAGAAAGUGUUGAGCAGCAAAAGCUGAUGGACGAGAGCGGACGAAUGCUUGAAUAUCUCAGAAAAGAAGUUUUUAAAUUACGGAGCCACAACCAACAGCUCCGAACGGAUUUUGACUUGCUAAAGGAUAACAACCAGCGGCUGAUGGAUGCAAAUGCGUCUGCUGGGGCAUCAUUCGCUGCGUUGAACCAGCAUGCUAAGCAACUUAGCAAAGAAAAUGCCCAACUGGUGAGCGAAGUUUCAUCCACAAAGGCACAAAUGCAAAAGAUUCACAUGCUGCAAACAGAGCUCAAGGAGGAGCUGAGAAUGAAGCAACUGUCUUAUGUUAGCGAAGUUCAGUCAAGAUUCCAAUACCAAAAGGCUUUGCAGAAAGUUGCUGAUCUGAUUGAAGCAAGCUGUAGGGACUACAGACUGGUGCAGCAAGUGCUGGAAAUUACUGAUGAGGUCGAAAUGGAACAUAUGACUGCAGGCGGCAAUGUUACAUCACAUGAAAACGGCAAUGAGCAUGGACCUGGAGAGCCACGAUCAAGCAUUUUCUCAUACUUGAACCCGUUUUCAUCAUGA